ACUGUGGAUUUAUUUACAGUCCAUGCCUUGGCCUGUACAGCUGCCCAAAAGCCUCUCUUCAGGGGUCAAACGUAUCCUGCUGCCUUCCGCUUUUCUGCUGUGGGGUGCCGCCCUGAAGGAUUCUGGGUAUCCUGGAUUACACCAAUGGGAUUUACCUCCCUUAGCACCAGGUUGACUGUCUAGGAUUAAACCGGUGGGAAUUAGCGUCAUCACACAAGCCGGCGGGCGUCUGUCCCUCACUCAGCCGGGUCCGGCGCCGUGUGUUCCUUAUCCGCUACCCUCCAAGGCACUACCUGCAUGCCUCAGGUCAGGGUUCACAAACUUUUAGGUUUUUGUUUGAGUCAGAGGUCCAGAAUAAUUUUCAACAACAAAACAGCAUUUAAUGAACUUUAACGAUGAUCUUCGAUAUAGACAUCAAUACGUGACAAAAACGGGACUCUCUGUCAUGGAGGGAUUAUGAUGAGUUAUGUGUGGGCAAAAUUUGGUGGUUCUAUGUUGUAUUUUUAUUCUUCAAACCAUUUUAAGAAAUGUAUGUAGAUGAUCUUGAUUCAUAAAAUGCAUCAUCGACUGGGUCCGGGUCCGCAUCGUAAUCGCGGUCCGCACUUUGUGAGCCCCUGCAUUAGAUACUAGCGGAACGGCUCUUUCACGGGGCACCGCUCUUGCCACCCGAUCUUUGCGUUGUGACGCUACCGCUAAUAAACAAAAACACUUCAGGCUCAUAUCGCAGUGUCUCACAUUGCUGACAGGAGCCGUUUUCGUUUCACUUACUUAGCCUACGAAAACACAGUAAUCAAUCCACACGUGCCUCACAGCGUUACUUUCAAUAUUUUAUUAAUAAGUGUCUGUUGGUUCAGGCACGCUAAAGAAAUGCCUCAGAGAAGCAAAUCACACAAACCACAGCACACGGGUUAUUGUAUAACUUGUUGUGUUAGGCCUAAUUUUAUUAAUGGUAAAAUAAAAUUUCUAGAGACAGUCCUUAACACAUGCAUAUGUAUGAUGAGCCAAAUUUCCGGAAAUUAUUUCAGAAGUAAUUAUCUUUAGAUGAAUUAUUACUUGCUCGACUGUUAUGCAACCUAUUAAUUACAUUCCUGAGAAAUACCCCUUCCGAAUGCCCUUGAGAACAGACCCCUCGAACGGACAGUUACACAAGAUUUAGCAUCUGUAGUGUCACACAGACCCAGGUUCAACCGGCCACUACCUGAUGCAACACUGAGAAAACAGAUAUUUUUGGAACUGAGAGCUUUGGCGAUCUCUGUAGCGACUGCGAGCUUUGCGAUGUCCCUGGGGAACACCUUUCAGUGUCGCUGUCUUGCCGAGCUCCCAGGCCAUUCUAAUCAGAGCCUCCUGCUAGCCGUCAUCACCGAGGCCGCGGUGUCUUCUGGGGUCAAGGUCCGCCGCGGGACACACGCUCGCCGUUAAUCGCUCAGUGGCCUGUUGCAUCGUAGGCGUCGCUUUAGAGCCGCCGCUUUAAAAGUUUAAAAACACGCUGAACGGAUUUCAGAGACACUCGGAAUUGACGUGGGGGACUCCUAGAAAACGAGCGAAAGAGACGGGCAACAUAAGACGACCUCUAACACGUCAAGGAAUACUGGAACCUGGCGAUACCGUGCCCGGUGCCUUACAGGCGUGUCGCUGCACAGGGCCAUCCAUGCAGUGCGUGUUCUCUAAGGUUUCUGCACCAGACACAGUGGAGUCUCACAUAUAAACACGACCCUAUAAAUACAGAGUGCCUUACACCCACACAGAUCGAGAACCUGCCUCAGGAGCCUCACGUUUAAGUAAAGAGUGACGGAAUCCGGCUAUUAGAGCAUCAGGAAUGUCCGUUGAACUACGGGACGUUUGGACCCCCCAGAAAUAAUGUACUCUGCAUAAAUAGUCCUGAGUGCCACAGUAUGAUUGAUGGCAGCUGAACUAUCAUGUGCUUAAAUACUGAUGGGGGGAGGAGUGUCUCUACAUGCGCUUGAGGAGGAAAAUAAUGAAGAGCUGUUAAAUUUCUGCACGAGUCCUUCCACGGGGGUGCAGCGUCCCAUCUACGCCACAGUACGCGGAGCCUGGCUAGGCCUGCAGGUGAUAAACUCUCAAGACACAAAGACUUUGUUUCUGAGAAAUUUGGGAUAAAAAUGUGCCCAGAAUGUGAAGGAGGAGAGAGUGUCGUAUUGCCCGCGCAGUGGAUCUUUACUUAGGGGUCAAAUGGCUGUGAUAAGGGACGAUCGAGAUGGAGGGGUCUCCUCUUCCGUGAAGAUAACUCAAGUGCAGCAGAAGAGUGAGAGUGAGGGCUCGGAGGCCGAGGCCGCCCAGGAGCAGAAGAGCGCCGAGGAGCCCGUGUCUGAGGGGGAAUCCCUCGGCUUCGGCGAUGCCGAUAAAGACGAUGACGAUGAUGACUAUGAUGACGACGACGAUGUCUAUCAGGAAUUUGAGGAGUAUGAAGAUAUCUCAGAGUUCCCCGACAGCAGGAGCAUCGCCUCAGAUGACUCCUUUUACCCACCUGAUAACUCGAUCGGGUCGCCGCGAUCGCCGUCUCCGGAGCCCAUCUCCUUCUUCCGAGCAUGCUGCACUAAUAACACCGUCAUCGUGCGGAUCAUGAUCAGGCAAGGGCUGACGGAGGAAGAGGUCCGGGAGACUGAUCGCAACAGCAGGACGGGACUGAUAGUGGCCUGUUACCAAGGCUACCUGGACGUGGUCAUAGCUCUGGCGCAGUGCCCUUAUUUGGAUGUCAACUGGCAGGACAAGGAAGGAAACACUGCCCUCAUCACAGCUGCUCAGGCAGGACACACAAUGAUCUCCCACUAUCUGCUCAACUACUUCCCUGGCCUGGACAUGGAGAGGAGAAACUGCCACGGCUUCAGCGCCUUGAUGAAGGCCGCCAUGCAGGGCAGGGCAGACUGCGUCCGGGCCUUGAUGCUAGCAGGGGGCGACAUGGAGGCUACGGACUAUGGGCGGAAGCUGACCCCCCGGGAGUGGGCCCUGUUCACAGGCCGCUAUGAGACGGCCCGCGUCAUGGCACGACUGAUGGCUCGGCCAUGCGCUGAGCAGUUCUGCGCCGCAUACCGGCCGGAGUGGCCACAGCUGGCAGAGCGCGUGUCCAAGGCGCGCGCGAACGGGAGCUGCCUGCGCCGGCUGGCCGAGACCCUCUGCUGCUCCCUGCGGCUGGCCUUCUGCGUGCGGACAGCCCCGCGGCAGGACGGCGUGCUGGACCACAUGGUGCGCGUCACCACCGCUCUGGGCAGCCCCUUCGUAGCCACGGCAUGCCGCACCGUAUGCCCGGGCAGCCCGCCCUGCGUGGGCAAGCGCCGGCCUGCUGUGCAGGAGAUCCUGCGCCGCCAGAGGCAGGACGAGCUCAGGGACCAGGGCUCCAAGCAUCUCACCCAAUACCACCGACUCUUCCAGAACUCACGUGUCCUACUCGUACCACGGGCUCAUGAGCGGCGCUCCAGCCUGCAGCCGCCGCGCCAGGCAGCUGCCACGUCCGCUGGGGCACUGCGCAGGGGCAGCCUGAUGCCACUGCAUUUGUUGCGGCGCAGCAGUGUGCGCCCCGGCCAGGCCGUGCCCCGCCUGUUCGUCUCCAAGGCGCCCUCCGCCUCGUGCGAGCCCACGAAGGUCCGCACCGCUGACUCGCACCACUUGCAAGUGCCCAGGUGGAGGUACAAGGAGCUGAAGGAGGAGAGGAGGAGGGUCGAGGGGAGCAACAAAGGGGGGAGGCUGGAGCCCCUCGCUCAGCGUCUGAGCAGCAGGAGGGAGAACUGACCGCGAUCGAAGUGGAAUCAGCGAUUAACCUCAAAGAAGAAUCAGGGGAACGACUUACUGUGAUUCACUCCACCAGCAGAAAACAAAACAAAACAAACAAAUUAGCUUUUAUACGCUCGUAAUUAUGUAAUAAACUGAACGUUUCUAGUUUGUUAUUUGGAAGUUACUGGACUAAAGUUCAUGUUUUUAUAGUAAUGGCCGAGGAAACGGUCCGCAGGAGACCAAAGUAAACAAGAGGAGUGUCAGGGGGGCAACCUGAGUCCUGAGUCCAGAACUUUCCAUGAAGAAAUAAGCUUGAAAUGUUACGUUUGCUCGUGCACUAGCCUGCUUCUGCCAGCUUGAUUGUUUAUUCCAAAAGGCUCCAGGAUGAGGCCGGCCAUGGUCAUGUGACAUCUAGAGUAGACUGCAGCUCUGCGGCGGCGUUGCAGGACUAACGCAAAUCUCUUAAGUGAUGGAUGACUUCCCGAGGUGGAAAAGCACUUUCCCAUGAGCCGUAGAGGGUGCCCAGGGACCCGAGGAGCAGGAGCGUGCCAGGAAUCUGCAUCUACAUUCUGGAGCCAAGCUCGCGGUGAAGCUGGCUACAGUUGUCCCAUAUGGGAAUCUACCCGUAAUAGAGGGACGCAUGGAAGUAUGGAUGCCGUCCAUAUCUGAAGCUGGGCACGCAGUACAGGAGGCAGUAGCGGCUGAAGCAAAUGCGGCUCCCUGGGCAAGCUGCAUCACUGGCGCCCCCUGUCUGAGACGAAGUGAAUUGGCUCAGAAGAUGGCCACCUACAUCACCUAAUGGACGGAGCGGCACUAACUGGAGGGUGGGGGCAGACCCCCCCACACGUAAUACAGACACCUCAGGAACACACAGGUCAUGCUGCUGAUGCUCGGGGCUCGCAGGCUGAACUGCAAGUAUUGCAACAUGUGCAAAUCAUCCCCAAAGGGCUCACUUGCAGCCAAAAGGUAAAAGGAGUGAUGGGAAUUAAAAAACAUACACCGAGAGGUUGUGGGAUUUCGACGGCGAUAAACCUCACUGAGCGAGCCUUGUGUCCAGCUGUGGUGCUUCGCAGGGGUUCACUAUAAAUAAUCUCACUGCACAAGCCAGCCUUAAUCCACUGGGCCCGGCAAAGCAGGCAGAUUAACUGUGAACGUCUAAGGUACAAGAGAUUUCACCCAGAGAACUUUCACAUUCCUUGAGCCAAAUUCUUUCCAAAUCACAAUCCUUUUGUUGUCAUAUUUAUGCCCUAGGGCCCCACAUCUCGGGGCCAACCUUGGCCCCUACUCCCCGGAUGGCCCCCUGGGGCCCUACACCUUAGGCCCCCCCCUCGGCCAGCUCCCCGGGUGGCCCCCUCAGCCCCUACACCCGCUGUGGCUCCGUCGGGGGGGAUGGGACACUACAGGGCAUCCAGAUUGCUGCAGAGGAAGGUAAAUCUCCUGGAUGAUGCUUACCUGUCACCUCCCAUCAGUGGUUGCUUGUCGCGACAGGCUGUCCCCGAUUCCCCCCGAACCUCAGCCCUUGGGAACCAGAUGUUUGCAAAUUCCGUGUGACAGCACCUGCUGGUGGUGCCGUGUGGAGCCAGAAGGUCAAUGAAGGGCCAGCUAGCCAUCUGUAUCGGAGCAGGCGGAAGGAUGUACACAUACGGUUUGUUUUGAAAUGGAAAAACCUUUACUUUUAAUCAAAAAUUCCUGCGUGUUUUUUAUUUCUACAAUUUCAGAAGAAAAGGAAGUAAUUAAAUAUUUUAAUUAAAGUUAUGAUUGGUCUUUCUUUUUGUAUACGCUGCUGAACAUCAACAGGACGGUCUUAGACUGCCUGAUCGAACCUGGGAUGCUGGGCAUGCUAGUCAACAGUGAUGGGCAAA